AUGGUCAAGGUUCAAUGGGACAACAAAGUUAUUGGAGUGUGCACCCUUAAUAGUAGCACCUAUUUGAGUGUGGAAGUGGGGCCGCUUCCUAUGAGAAUUGAGACGAAUUCUCUAGAGCACUCAAAGAAACUGGGAAAGUUCACGGCUGAAAUGAACACAACCUCUGUGCAGGAACUUCUGAUUGAAAAGACUACAUCUUCCCUGAAAGAAUACCUAAAGAAAUAUACGAGUAAUAACGAAGAAGAGAAGAAAAAGAAGAAGAAGAAGAAGAAGAAGAAGAGAAAGCCUAAAUACAGUGCCGGGGGUGUUCUUAUUGUUGAUGAAGAUCCUGUUUGGCAGAAGCCAGUCGACCUGGAAAAUGAAGAAGAUUCAACUGAUGAAGAGAAGCCACAAGUUGAUGAGGAUAUUGAAGUCAAACAUAUGAAAAGACUGGAGCAACUUAAAAUGAGACGACCUUUUGGUAGCAUUUCUGAGGAUGGAAGUGAUUGGGUUUCCGUAACUGAUAAUCGUAAACACGUGAAUUAUGAUCAAAAUUUUGAAAGUUCUCCAGCUUGCAAAAGAAGGGCUCACUAUGAUACUUCACCAAAACUCGACCUAAAGGAAUCCGGUGCAGCAGAUACUAAUUUAUCUCCACCAAGGGAUCAUCGCAAAAGUUACCAGCUGGAUGACCAAAGUUCUGAUAUUUCCCCACCUCGCAAAAGGAGGGCUCGUUAUGACAGUUCUUCACCAAAACCUGAACAAAAGCCUUCCACUGCUGUAGAUGUCGAUUUAUCUCCACCACGACAGCACCACAAGCGAUAUCAUAGUCCUUCUCCUCAGCAUCAAACAAAAAUACAAUCUUCUGGUGGCCGGCGAGCUCGCUAUGAUACACCUUCACCAGAACACCAUUUCGAAGCUUCAGAGUCAAAAGGAGAUAUUACUGAUUUGUCCCCACCACGGAGGCAACAGACUGACAUUUCGCCUCCGAGAAAGGCGAAGAAGGAUAAAUCCAUUUCCACUGAUGUCUCUGCUAGGAAAUCGAGACGCAGCUUUGAGGAUGAUGCCUCAGAUUUUGCAUAUCAAAUUUCAGACCUUUCUCCUCCAAGGAAGAGGUGGAAUGGUUCUCCGUUUUUGACACAGGAACCAAAGACUGGUUUAGUUAGUGGGCUAGAUAUCAAAGAAGAAAUUACGAAAAAGAAGGAGAUUGACUGGUUGAGGUAUAAAGAGAUGGAUCCUUCUGUGAGUGGCCGAGAUGCGGAACCCGUGUAUCGCGACAAAGUAACAGGAGAACGCAUGUCAAAGGACGAGUUCUUAAAAUCUCAGAAAAAAGUGCAGAAGAAAGAAGAGAAGCCCAAGGAAAUAAAGCUGGAAUGGGGUAAAGGGUUAGCUCAAAAGCGGGAAGCUGAAGCAAGACUGCAAGAAUUAGAAGCUGAGAAGGAUAAAUUGUUUGCACGGAACAGGGAUGAUCCUGAACUUGAUAAAAUGCUGAAGGAAAGAGUCAGAUGGGGUGACCCUAUGGCACAUUUGGUCAAAAAAAAGCAAUUGGACCCAGUUCUUCCGGAUUUAGGUGAGGGUGCAAAAAUGAAAGAAUCAGGAUUCAUAAUUCCCCAGGAAAUCCCAAGUCACAGAUGGAUAAGAAGAGGACUGGAUGCUGCUUCAAACCGUUAUGGGAUUAAACCUGGGAGACACUGGGAUGGUAUUGACCGCAGUAACGUUACUGAGAAGGAACUGUUCAAAAGGAUGAAUGAUAAAAUAGCUACAGAGAGGGACGCAUAUUUGUGGUCUGUCUCUGACACGUGAGCUGCGUCAGUGUAGAUGGAUACUCUACAGAGGACUGGAAAAUUUCGAUGCUAUAAGAUCCGCUCGUCAGAAGAAACUAUGAUGAUGAUGUAUAUCUUGGAUGGGGACGUCUUUGUCACUUCGAGAGGCUUCCUUUUUCUACAUUCGGUUGCUCUUGCUUGCCGACGAGCCUACUCUUGAAUUCCCACCUCUUCCACUCUUCUGGAUGCUGGAUAUUGCAUCUAUACAGGGAGUAAAACCUUGUGGAGAAACUACAAUUUUGAAUUCGUUUUGACACAUUUAUUGCAUUGGCAUAGAACAAAAAGGGAAAUUAAAGGACUUAAGGGUAUUAGAACCGGAGAAAAUAAUAAAAGCUAAAAUAGGCCAAUCUAAUCCCUUCCAAAAAUUUCAUUUCUCCUCAUAUCUAAUGAAGUACAGAGAAUUUCAGCGAGCUCAUAAUGGUAGUUUGCUAGCUUGAUUUUAAAGGAUGACUGGUUAUAUUCUAUUUUACAUUAUUGUUAUGAAAGUAGUGCUCCAUUCUUAGAAUUUCUUAUAAAGUUUCUUUCACUUCUUUAAGUGUAAGCUUCAGUUAUGUCAUAUUGCACUUCAUUAUUCAUUUAUCUGAGUAGAACGCCAAACAUUUGAAGAUGGAUUUUCUUGAGGGUAGGCCCUUUUGUAACACGAUCUUUAUUACAUUACAUGUCCUUGAUAAUCCAGCAUCAGUCUUCCAAUGGGAAAUAAUUUAUUUUUCAACCACAAAUGAUUUUACUGUUCUCUUUGAUUAUGUGGCGAAGUGCGUAGUUUUGCACUUUAUCAUACGCAUAUGAUUUCAUA